GCAUGUGUCAGCCGUCUGUAGUUCGGUCCUCUGCUUAAUUUGGUAAACAGUUCAGGGGAAUUAAAACGAAGUGAUCUCUCUUCAUUUUCUCCUCGUCUCGGAUCUCUAACGAUCUCAUUUCCAUGCCAUUUAUUCAGUCAAUAAAACAGUGCCGCCUCCCUGGCAGUUGCCAUGACAACGGAGAAACGAUCCCGGCACAUUCCCUGUUGUCUCGCCUCCGUUACCUGGGCAACAGCUACACAAAUCCAGGAAAACAUCCGGAACAGGCCCGUUUGGACUUCUUUCUGAUCGUCCAAACGUGGAAUAACUACAGGACUUGUUCACUCAUCAGGAUUCCUGGACGAUAUAUUUGCAAAAAAACAAAACAAAACAAAAACAAACGCAACACCAUGACGACGUCUUUACUCCCUGUCAUAGACAGUAGCGAUCCUCGUCUAAAACUGACGGUGCAAAACAGAAUGAGAAAUAUUUUUGUAACACAGUCGGAAGACACCAGACAAAGAAAAGAGGAAAAUGUCAACCACAUACCAGUUGUAACAGAGACUCCCAGCAGAGUCCUUGAGACAGGAGUGAAUACUACACAAAAGACCCUGGUUCUGAAGAAACAGGCUGAGUUGGAUGAGGUGGACAAACAACUAGCACUCAAACGGCAAGAGUUUAAAAGCUAUGUGGAGGCUCUAGCUCGGAGAAGGUCUGAACUGGAAAUAAAACAACAGCAGACUAAAGAGAGGGUGAUGAAAUUUGAAAAGUUUGUGGCUGAAAAUGAUGUGAAGCGACGCCAGGCGCGGAAAAAGUUUGAGGAUGCACGGGAGCAGAACAUGUUGAAGCAGAGAGAGUUAGAAGAUCUGACAGAACAGCUGAAACAACUUAGAGCCAGCCAUCAAGUUUUAAAGGAGAGAAUGGCAAAAUACAAAAUCUAUGAGGAUUACUUGAUGAAAACACUAGAUUAUUUCCCCAGCUCUUACCUUGACAAUGGGUCUGACUCUUUGGUUAUGCCCAUCAUUCGGCGCCAUGAGACCCUGUCCAUCACCCACAAAGAGCUUCUGCAGCGUGUACGGCGUCUGGAGGAAGAGGUUGAGCAGGGCCAGCGACAACUGCAGACCAUGAAGCAGGAACACAGCGUAAAAAAACUGAUGGCCAAUAAGGAACUGUCUGAACUCCAGAGUGAGUUAGAAACCCUGAAAGAGAAGAACAAGCAGAUGGAGGUUAACCUGAUGACGCAGGAAAGCCUGUCCAGAGAGAAGGUUGGACAAGUGGGAGCCUUGCUUAUGGCCAUCAACAACCUUGCCGAGCAGUGUUAUCUAGACGCAUAUGGACCUCUGGAAAACAUGAACGUACUGACAAUGAUGGACAUGGUGAAGGAAUAUCUUCUGGAUAAGGCAGACACAGAGAAGAGAGUGAGGAGACUGAUGGAGUCAGGGUCUGCCAUGACAAGUAAAACAGCUCUGACAGACAGAAGAGGGAGAGGAUCGAUGAAAAGCAUGAGCAGCAAAACACAAAUCAAAAGUCCGAGCAAAGUCAGCAGAAAGAGCGAAACAAUGAGUUGAUGAAGAACUUUUAUAAUUCUGAUUUCAUGUUUGUUAAGUGUGAAUGUUUAUUGUUGACCUUGAAAACAGUAGUUUGACUCUGGAGUAAAUAAACCUUGUGUUGUGUUAUUGUCAUCAACAUUUCAGAGAGUUUUGGCUCAUCUUUGUUUAGUUUAUGUUGUAGAGU